AUGCCGAUCAAUCCCGAAGGCGGCUUCGAGACGGAGUUGGAGCGCGAUCUCAGGAUCAACCGGAAGCGUUACGCGUCUCGGGUGUACACGAACGCGAACAAGUUUCUUCUUGACGAGAAGUUUCGCGUUUUCCACUGCAAACGGUGCACCAGCCACGUGCUGAUCACGGACGCGGAUGUCGACGCAGCGCCGCGACGCCGCACGGACAACGCGCCUGUGUUCUGCCCCGACAAGAACCUCGUGAAGCUGCGGACGAAGCCGAUCGCAGAGCCCGUCAAAGUGAAGAGGCUGAAGGGACUCGAGACGCAGUACUUGCAUGCGUGCGCAGAGUGCGGCCAGCACGUGGCGUACCAGUCGGUGCCUCACGACAAGGGACAGAGCGUUCCGUUCGUCUACAUCAUUGAAACGGCUGUGAUCUUCCCGAAAAAGGCCUUCAAACCUCGACUAAGAUGCCGCGUUUGCGGAUUCAUUCCGCGAAACGAGCAACACUUUGAGGACCACAAGCGCGAGAGAGGACACUGGGACCAAGACAGCGGAAACUUCCCGGCGACGGAAGAGCCGAACGACGCUCCCCUCAACCCAAUCAUUGUCGGGUAA